UUCUAUGCCGUGGCUGUAGGCCAUGUUCCAGGCAUCUAUGCUACCUGGGAUGAGGCCCAGCCACAAGUCAUAGAGGUCGCUGGACCCAAGUACAAGAGGUUCACAACGCAAGAAGACGCGGAGCAGUUCAUUAGAGAGAACGCCAGCUCGGAGACCUGCCGAGCUCUGGGUAUAUCACGUGGGCAAGACUCUUCGCAGGAGUACACUGGGGCCGCUUUUGAACCUGUAGAAACAUCUACCAAGAGGGCCAAGGCUGAGCCUACCCCAGCACCAAAAGCAGCACCUCGCGCCGAGCCUAGCUGUGAAGAAAGUGGAAAUUUACUCAAGAUUUGGACCGACGGCAGCAGUCUUGCCAACGGUCAGGCUGACUCUCGUGCUGGUCUUGGAGUUUAUUUUGGUCCCAAUGACAAGCGUAAUCUCGCGGAGCGUCUUCCUGGCGAGCCUCAGACUAACCAGCGUGCUGAACUGAUGGCGAUACUUCGGGCAUUAGAGAUUGCGCCUUCAACACAGGACGUUCAGAUUGUGACUGACAGUCAGUACUCCAUCAAGUGUGUGACACAAUGGGCUCUCAGUUGGGAGAAGAAGGGAUGGAAGACUGCGUCAGGAGUCGAAGUCAAGAACCAGGAUAUCAUACGCGGUGUGUUAGCGAGGAUAGAGGAGCGGGAUGCAGCCAGGUCAAAAACCUCUUUCCAAUGGGUGAAAGGACACGCCACUGAUCAGGGCAAUCACCAAGCAGAUCGUCUGGCGAAUCAAGGGGCCGGUUUGCGUUCAGUCGAUUGA